GAAGCGAUAACCAGUCAUAGGCAACAGUCCCAGCGGAGCCGUGUUGGGUUGACAGCAACAGCAACAGCCAGCUUGACUAUUAUCAGAAAUUUAUCAGACAGAAUAUUGAUUUUUUUGGGGAAAUAAAAACUUCUGACAGCUAAGGCGUUUACAGUUUGAUUGAUAGCGCGUUCGCCAGUCCUCCUCCAGAGCCGCUUAAAUGACAAGCGCGUGCAUGUGAGCUCGCGUUGACGCCAGUACAGAGAGGGAUGCUGUAGAGCAGCUCAACUUCCACCAGCUCAACUUAUUCUGUUUAAUUUAUCAUUCGUGCCUUAACCAUGAAGACCAUACUCGCUGCAUAUUCCGGUGUCCAAAAGGGCUCAGGCUCCAGCAUCCUCUCUGCUUUACAUGACCUGCCGUCCGUCCCCUGGCUGACACGAUCCAAGAUCGUGAAACAUCUGCAGAUGAUCUCCGUCCUGCAGUUUGUCAUGACAUUUCUUGCCAUGGGCAUUGGCUGCUCUCUGCUGCUUAUGUACAUGUUUUGCACUGACUUCUGGGUAAUUGCCGCCGUUUACACGGCCUGGCUCAUCUAUGACUGGAACACCCCAAAACAAGGAGGCCGCAGAUCGACCUGGGUGAGAAAUUGGACUGUGUGGACAUACUUUAGAGACUAUUUUCCCAUAAGACUCAUCAAGACGCAUAACCUGCUCCCUAGCCGAAACUACGUUUUUGGCUACCAUCCUCAUGGCAUCUUCUGUUUUGGUGGUUUUUGUAACUUCGGGACAGAGGCCACCGGAUUCUCCAAGAUAUUCCCCGGGAUUAAGCCAUCUCUUGCCACAUUGGCUGGAAACUUCCGCUUGCCAGUGUUUAGGGAUUACCUGAUGUCUGGAGGUAUCUGCCCUGUAAAUCAAAACUCCAUUGACUACCUCCUGUCUAGUAACGGCACUGGCAACGCUGUGGUCAUCGUGAUCGGAGGGGCUGCCGAAUCUUUGGACUGUGCUCCGGGGAUGAAUGCCGUCACGCUGAAAAAACGCAAAGGCUUUGUGAAACUGGCCCUCAAGCAUGGAGCUGAUCUGGUGCCCGUCUACUCAUUUGGUGAGAAUGAGGUUUACAAACAGCUGAUUUUCAACGAUGGUUCUUGGUGGCGUGUGGUUCAAAAGAGGUUUCAGAAGAUGUUAGGCUUUGCCCCGUGCCUGUUUCAUGGUUGUGGACUGUUCUUCCCAGAGUCAUGGGGUUUUGUACCUUACUGCAAACCCAUCACUACUGUUGUUGGUGAACCCAUCACAGUCCCGAAAAUCGAGGAGCCGAGUCAGGACGUCAUAGAUAUGUACCAUGAUAUGUACAUCAGGUCCCUCAAGUCUCUCUUUGACAAUUACAAGGCUCGUUUUGGUCUAAAUGAGAGUGACAUCCUUCUAAUUCAAUGAAAGAAUACAUUGAAGAAUUGUAAUAACUUUAUAAAAGAACACACUGGAACAUCCGCCUAUAACUAAAGUGCCUGUUCAGAGAAGGUGAAAGAAAUCAAUGCGGUUUCUAUUCAUUCAAUGGUGUAAACAGUACUGAAAUGUACCGUUCUACAUGGGAUGCAGGGAAUCUAGCCUGUGUCACUUCUGCUCAUCGCCACCGGGUGGCAAUCUACAAUAAAUACUUCGCAGACGGCUGCCUAGUAUAAUCUCGAUUUCUCAGAUGGUGGAUGUAUAUUCCUCAAUAUAUGGCAAUAUAUAUAUUACAAGUAAUGUAUUAAAUAUUUAAUUUAAAUGCUGUACUAGAUAAAAGUGUUUGCCCUAUUGUAUUAUUUUUAAUGCACAUGCAAUGCAAUUAUUGGGAGUUUUGCUUUACUAAAAAGCCAAAGGGUGGUUGUGUAACCAAAGAGUGGAGAUGGAUUUUGGCCUUGUGUUAUAUAGCAACUAACCAAAAAGGAAAAUUGUGACUCAAUUGUUGGAAUAAUACGUCGGAAUGAAGGACAGGAAAGUUUGCUUUUAAGAAAAUGAUCCGAUAGCUCGAAGGUUAAAGUGAAGUCUAGGAGGUGAAGAUGAUAAUGAAUUUCUGUAAAUGUGUGACAGUAUUAUCAGAAUACUGGUUAUCUUUCUGUAACACUUGAUAAUUUACCACAGAAGUAUUAAUUUUGCACAUGUUUUGUUAAGCUCAAGCAAAUUGUUUACUGACGUUUGCAAAGUUCAGUUUUCACCUUGACAUCAACAUUUGUCCCAGUUACAAGUAUCAGGUAAUUAUUCCAAAAGCAAAUGCUUGAAAGACCUCAAACAUGUGUUUGCAUGCCAAAUCAAACAAGCCUUUUUUUUGGAAUAUCAAUUAACCUGAAUUCAAGUGCCAAGUACACGUGCAAUCAUAUUUGAGAGAACACAUUUUUAUUGUGAUUUUGUAUGUAAAUGGAUUCAGGGGACCUGCAGCUCUUGAUUGGUUUAUAAUAUGCAAUACAUGCUGACAUUUAACCAAGGAUCGUGACUUAUGAAUAUGGAAUAAAUUCUGCAGCGUCCAUCUCUGAUAUCAGCCUUCAUUUAUGUACAUGAAAUCCUGAUUCUUUGAAUUCAACUUUUGUAUAUUUUCUGAAUAAACGGAAAAGUACCAUG